AGGCGCGUGCGCAUCGGGGCCCCCGCCCGCCAGGCCGGGGCUCGGUUGUCAUGAGAGCCGCGGCGCUGGUCCAGGCGAUGGGCGGAGGUGGCGGCGGCUGCCGCUCCAAGGUACCGGUGCCGGGCCACCGGGGGCGGCGGAGGAGGAGGCGGCGGGGCCUGCGCCUGCGCUCGGCGGACUGGAGCGGCGGCCGCGGCUGCUGCUGCUGACCCAACUGUACAGAAUGCCACACAAGAUUGGGUUUGUAGUCGUCAGUUCAUCUGGGCACGAAGAUGGUUUCAGUGCAAAAGAAUUAAUGGUCCAUGCACCAACAGUUAACGGAUGGAGAUCACCAAGAUUUUGCCAGUUUCCCCAAGAAAUUGUCCUUCAGAUGGUGGAGAGAUGCCGAGUUCGAAAGCUUCAGUUACUUGCUCACCAGUAUAUGAUUUCCAGUAAAAUCGAGUUCUACAUUAGCGACAGUUUGCCUGAAUACUUUGCACCAUAUCAAGCAGAGCGCUUUCGAAGGCUUGGUUACGUGUCUCUCUGUGACAAUGAAAAGACAGGAUGUAAAGCUCGAGAACUAAAAUCAGUUUAUGUGGAUGCCGUAGGACAGUUCCUCAAGUUGAUUUUUCAUAAAAACCAUGUGAAUAGGUACAACUUGUAUAGCCAGGUUGCUUUAGUGGCAGUUAAUAUCAUCGGGGACCCUGCAGACUGCAGUGAUGAAAGCAAUAUUAGCUCCAGAGAGAAGUUGAUUGACCAUUAUCUUGGACAGAGUUCAGAGGAUUCAGGAUUAGAUGGAUCAUAUGUUGGGAAACCCGACUAUAUUUCUCCCCUGGAUGAUUUAGCCUUUGAUAUGUACCAGGAUCCAGAAGUAGCCCAGAUAAUCCGCAGGUUGGAUGAGAAGAAACGAGAAGCUGUCCAAAAGGAGCGCUAUGAUCACGCCAAGAAACUGAAACAGGCUAUUGCUGAUCUGCAGAAGGUUGGGGAGCGUCUUGGCAGGUAUGAUGUGGAAAAGCGCUGUGCUGUGGAGAAAGAAGACUAUGACCUGGCCAAAGAGAAGAAACAGCAAAUGGAGCAGUAUCGCAGUAAAGUGUACCAGCAGCUGGAGCUCCACAAUCUCCUAGAUUCUGAGAUGAUUCGAAAGCCUUUUGAUUUUCCCCUCACACCUCUGGUGCGUACUGGCAGCCCCUGCCUGCAGAAAUCUGCACAGUCACCACUGCGCCGAGAGGAGCGAACAGGAGAAAAACCCUAUGUGGAAGCAUUCCCCCCAGCCAAAACUCAGCUUCACAAUUCUUUGAAUGUUCCCCCUAAACAGCAAGCCACUGUGGGCCGGCUGUCAGCCUCAGAUUCUCUUUCAAAGAUCAAUGUUGAUCUGUUGCCUUAUGAUGAAAGACCUCUUCCAGCUGUUCUUAAGCAACAAGGAGAAACAUAUGUGGAACCAGAGAAGGUUGAAGAAGAUGUCAGUCUGGUUCCGAAAGGCAGCUUGGCGGGAGAGCCAGAGCCCUUGACUGAAAAGGCAUUGAGAGAAGCCAGUUCUGCCAUUGAAGUGCUGGGAGAAACUCUGGUUGCUGGAGCUUAUUCAAAGACCUGGUCAUACCGAGAAGAUGCAUUGCUCUCCUUGUAUAACAAACUAAUGACAAUGCCUGUUGGGACACCAAAGGAAGAUCUAAAGAACCUUCUCAGAGCGGCUGUCUUUCUGAUAAGAAGAGCCAUCAAGGACCUCGUGCCUUCAGUCUUUCAAGCAUCGCUGAAAUUAUUAAAAAUGAUCAUCACACAAUACAUUCCUAAGCAUAAGCUUGGUAAGCCAGAAACCACCCUCUCUGUGGAGAAGACUCUUCCCAAUCUGCUGACCAGAACUGGGGACUCGUCUGCUCGCCUCCGCGUCAUAGCAUCAAAUUUCAUUCAGGAACUGGCUCUGUGUAAGGAAAUUAAGCCCCUCCAAAUUAUUCCAACUUAUUUAGUUCAACCAUUAAAACAGAAUUCUUCAACUCAUCUGGCAAUGAGUCAGACGGACCUCCUGGCACGGUUGUUAAAAGACCUGGGGACGGAAAGCUCUGGAUUUACUGUCGACAAUGUUAUGCGGUUUUCAGUGAGCGCUCUAGAGCACAGAAUCUACGAAAUACGAGAAAUUGCUAUUAAGAUUAUUUUGGACAUGUACAAGAAGCAUCGGACGCUAAUUCUGGAGUACUUGCCUGCCGACGAUGGCAACACUCGCAAGAACGUUCUCUACAAGACACUUUUUGAAGGAUUUGCAAAAAUAGAUGGCAGAGCUCCGGCGGCAGAUGUCAGGGCUCAAAAAAAAGCAGCAACAGAAGAAGCAGAAAAACAAAAGAAAGAAGAAAUAAAAGUUCUGCAAGUACAAUUGGCAGCAUUGAGAGAGAUUCAGGCAGAAGCUCAAAUCGAAAAGGACAAAGAAAGCGACCCAGGAAAGGUGAAGAACCAAGAUGACCCCCAGAAGAAAGCAGUUCGCCCUAAUGCUCCAGACAUUCCCGAUGAUCAUGCCUCCGUGGCAAAUUAUUUGGAUUAUCUUUGCAUCUUUUGUGGGGAAAGAGAUGACUCAUUCACAGAAGAAGGCUUGGAUCUCCAUUACUGGAAGCAUUGUCCUAUGUUGACCAGAUGUGAACACUGCAAACAGGUGGUUGAGAUAGCCAGCCUGACAGAGCACCUGCUGACGGAGUGUGAUAGAAGAGAUGAGUUUGGGAAGUGUCAUCGCUGCUGUGAAGCCAUCUUAAAGGAAGAGCUGCCCAAACACAUAAAAGUCAAAGCUUGCAAUCCUGCCAGAUCAGAAAAGCUUGCAAACCGGUGUCCCUUGUGCCAUGAGAAUUUUACGCCAGGAGAGGAGGCCUGGAAGUCUCACCUGACAGGGCCAGCAGGCUGCACAAUGAACCUGCGCAAGGCCUACUACCUGCAGAAGACACAAGCCACGCAGCUGGGGAGAGCAGUAGACUCAGUGAUGGCCAAAUCGGGCACUUCAGGAUCCAAAUUUGGAAGCAAGAUCCCCACCCCAAAAGGAGGCCUGAAUAAAAGCACUAGCAGGGCAUAUACAAAACGGUGACACGUGACAAGUCUUUUGUUUCCCUUGUCUCCAUAAGUGACCGAGGAAGUUUUCUGAUUCCAUAGCAUUUCUUGUAAAUCCAUCUUGUGGACGUGGUCCCAUCCAGCCCUCCCUUCCUUCCUGAAUUGCAGGUGGCUGUUCCUCUUCCAUAAAUAGUAUCCCCGAGUUACAAUGCCCCAGUCAGGCCUUACGUGGUGACGUGUAUGUACUCUCCCAGAGGAGCUGCAUCUCAGAUAUAGAGCACGGAAAGCCUGGUGGCUGUCGAACUUUCCCCAUUUCUGAUCCUCUCCUGGAUAACAAAAGGAAUGUCGUUGUCUUAGAACAGAAUCAGCAGCCACUUCAGUCGAGGGUGUUAGCAGCAGCUGACCAGUAGGGCAGGGAGCCAAGGAGGGCCAGGAUCACAACAUCCUUUUUUAGUUGUUCUCAGCAUCUUAACAGUAAAUAACAUGCAUUUUGCCAACUGAUCCCCACCAAAACCUGCUUUUCUCUGUGUGGUACAACCAAAGUGAUGUUAGAUCAUCAGAACCUUGCUUCCUGCUGGCCCCAGCCCAGUGUGGCAUUGGUGAGAGAGCUCUUCACAGUCCUGUUAGAGCCUUGCUUUCUACCUAUCCUGUUGUCCUUUUUUCUUUGUUGUGGCUUUGUCUGUUCACAUUCUGCCAGAUGUAGUGAGGUGGGGUGACCCAGCAGCAUGUUUCUUGCUGCCACAGAAAAUGAAGGUAAGACAGAAAAUCUCCAGGAGGAAGCCACUGAGCAUCUAUCUAUAGUCAAUGCUCCCUGUAACUAAGCAUUUCUCUGCAAGUAGCUUUCUGCCUGUUAUGCUCUGUGGGCAGCAGGGUUAUGCCUGAUCCUGACUACAGAGUCAGUCCCCCAAAUGUAAAUAUCAGAAUAAGACUUGGAUCCAUAUCAUGCCCUUUUUUGGGAGGGGCUCUGAGGUCAUUACAUGUGUAAAUAUUGCUUUUUAUAAAAUAAGGAAAGUGCUUUCUGGUUGAUAUCAUGUGAUCAUCUGACUACAUGUAAAUCAAACUGAUUCUUCUUAAAAAACGUAAAGUAAAAUUUGGGGCUGGUUAUAUUCUAAUCUGGCACACAGUAUCUUCCCCAAAAUGCAUACCACAUACACAAACGUGUAUCUGUUAUUUAUGAGGCAGAGUUGAGCACGUGGUAAUUUGGGACUGUCAUCCCAUGCCCUUGACAUCUGUACCAUAAUUCCAAAAGGAAGUUUACCUCUCAACAAGGAAAAAAGCCCUUUUCUUUAAUAUACCAAAACAUUUCUUUUAAGACAUGCUGAAUAUAAGACGGAAAAAGCCUUCAAAACUGAUGUGCUCAGACCCAUUUGUCAGACAUACUCCUGUGAUGAUACCUCAACAAACUAGCAGGUUUCCUCUCAACGGCUAUUGCCAGAGAUCCUCUCUUUAUAAAGUAAUAGCCACAAAAACCAGCCAGUAUUUGACUAAAGUAACUUUUCCGACUCUAUGGGUAUUCUGCCUAGAGAUUUUUUUUUUAAACAGCUAUUCCUUAAAUAGCCAGUCUUCUGUCUGACAGAUUAAGAACCUAGAAAGAAGCCAUCACCAGAUCUUGUAUUAAGAUCAAAAAAUCAUGCUUUUCCCUGGAAAUCACACACUCAUGCUUUCAGAAAAGACUGGCAAAAUGAAUUAAUCAUAGGUGGCAGCCUGUUAGAGAUUUUUAAAUUGCUAAUUACGAAUGAGUUUAUAUAUUAUGACAGCAAACAUUUUCGGUUUGGUUUGCUUCUGUGAAACAAGGAAAGUCUCAUAAGCAUCGGGGGGAGGUGUUCUUUUUCUGGCUACCUUAGUAAUUGUGAAACUUUGUCUGUAAAUCCCCACUUGGUAAAGUAACACUUUUUAAGAUUGACUCAUUUUAAGACUAUGAAAGUAAAAAUUACCAUGAGGCUUUCCAUUAAAAUUAUUUUACAUAAAAAAUAAGGAAUGAGACUAAAUGGUGCAUAAGAAGAACAUAGCAUCAGAGUGUUCAAAACUUUUUAGUGGUGAUCACUUUAGUCUCAGAGAGCGGGGACAGGUGGCUUUUUCUAAUAUUUUGAAGUGCAAACAUACAAGUUGUUCUUUAAACUGUCUCAUCUUGUUUCAGUGAAGGAAACAUUUGCCCUUCACCCAGACGAGUUUUGCAGCUGUUCUUUGUGUGUUCAUAGUACAAUUAAGCAGUUCCAUCAGCCAAAGAAUGACUUUCUUUUUGGUGUGGAGGGGCGAGGGAGAUUCAGAUGAAAGGCAAGGUAUACGUUAUAAGUAGGCCAGUGUGUGGUGGGCUGAAGUUGAACUGUUUUGUUAUCAUUGGGCGGGAAGGAUUGCUUGGUUUGGUAAUGAUUGAUUCCAUUGAGAGCCAUGUGUCACCUCUUAGGCUUCCCUAAAGAAAUUGUGUUUUAAAAGGAGCAGAAGAAAAGUCCAGCAACCAUAAACCAUUAUGUCAUUCAGAAGUAAAACAUCCAGAUUGGAAACAUUUGCUUCACAAAUGAAUUUUCAUUCGUGAAAAAGUUGUGUCUACGUCAUAGUAUCUUUUAAGGUAUGGUUCUUUCCACGUAACUGAUUAUUCAGAGAAUUUCACCUCUGAGUUUUCUGCAACAGAGCUUUAGGUACAGUUCUAUGUAGCAAUUUGGAAUGUAAUUUUGCUACUUUUUAAUGUUCUAAUUUUCUUUUGUUUUUAUUUUAAGGAAAUGGUUAUAAGAUAACUAAUUCAUAAUUUUGUUUGACCGUUUAAAGAUCAAUCCCUCCCUAUCUUAAGCAUAUUUAUUUAAAAAUUGAUCACCUCAUAAAGUUUUAUAUUUUUAUUCUAAGAGCUUAAGAAAAUAAUUAUGUUAUUAAAAACUAAGUUUAAGUUAGAUCUGUUCCAGUUGAAUAGCAUCUACGCUAACUCAGCACUAACACCCUAAAAAAUUAGAUGAAAAUUUUGUACAAAGAGAAGAAAUUAGUGCUAGUGUUGCUACAGAGAGUUUGCACCUUCAAGUCAGCCCAGGCUUUUCCUAUAGAACCUCAAAAAACUUCAGAUCUUUGCUAAGGCAAGAAAUUACUGAUCAAAUGGACGAGCAACAUUAGCUCAGUGUUCUGUAAAGACAGUCAUACGUUUGCAUAUGUAAGAAUUAUACUUUAUAAUAACUUAUCUUUGCAUAAUUAAUUCUAGCAUCCUUUCACCUUCAGCUGGGCUUCUCCACUAGGGAAUAUAACUGGUCUAUUAAUCUCUUUUUGUUUUUUAUAUAAAGAUGCAUCACUUUAUAGAAAUUGUAGUGUACAGUUUUGUUACCUUAAUAUUAGCACUGUAUAUGAUUUUAUAAUUAUGUUUCCGUUUUGAAACCAUAUUGUUUAAAUCUUUAUACAAAAAAAUGUAUUUAUUUUAAAUUGCUAGAUUAUAGUUACUUAGUGGACAAAAUUUGCUUUAGAAAUGCUCUUAUAGUAAAUGUCACCCCAUCACACAUUGUGAGAGUAUGUGUAUGUAUAUAUGAGAGAGACAGAGGCAGAAAUAGUGCUGUAUAAGCUGUAAAUUAAAGUGAAUUUAAGCUCUUUCUCAUUUGGUAAAGAGUCUUACCUUUAAAAGAGUUCUUAGACGGCUGUUCUGAAUUAGGUUUUCAUUUUUUGCAAAUGCAAUUUACUUUCAAAAAGAAAUAAAUGAAUUCAAAGAACAGCCUCCUCUUAUUGGGCACUUCUAAAUCCAUGCUAUUUAGGUGGCUCUUAAAAAUAUUCUUGUUUCUCAUUCAUAUGUCUUUAACACAGAUUCCACCAAAUUUGGGGGUUGGUCUCUCACUGCCUUACCGUUAUUGGCCAGGGGCAGAAAUCCUGUGAAUGGAACAAGGAGGCCGUGGGUAGGCAAAAUAAAAAGAUGGUGGGUUUGCAGCACUGAUUCUCCUAUGUCCUUGCCAAGGUUUUAGAUGGCCUAUCAGUGAUACAACAACCAAAGGGAACAUCGUGUGUAUACUUUCCUAUAGGACUUCAGCAGGGAAACAGCUGUCUUUGAACAAUGUUGGAAAUCCCAGUGCAAAUAAAUCCUGAGCAUUAUAUGGAUUUUGAACAUGAAAGACUGGUUGAUGUGUGUUAA